CACGUUGUGUGACCACUGACCAAUCACACCUCAACAUGUCGAAAUUCGGUACCAGUCCUAACACAAAUUGAAAGUCAAAAAAGAGUUUUCACAGUCGCGAAUAGUUAUUUAUAACUAUCCAUGGUUUUCACGCAUCGCCAUGGAAAUUGAGAUCCUUGAUACCGAAGAAGAUAACAAUUCUGUCAUGGAGGGACCAAGGCCAUCUCAAGAUGACCACCUCGUCUUGCCCAAGAAGAAGUUUCAUGUUUCCUUCAUCGGGCUGGCAUUUGCAAUCCUUGCUUCAUUUAGCGGUUCAGUCAUGGCUCUCUUUGUCAAACUAACAACAUCAAUGCCAUCUUAUGAGGUGGUGUGGUUUCGAUCAGUUGUUGUUGGCGUGUUUCUUUUACCCUACGUGAUUUACCAUCGCAUUACUUUAUUCUCAAACCCAAAGUGGAGUUACAAAUUUCUCCUGGCACGUUCAGCUCUCGGUGCCGCUGGCGUUCUCUUGAAGUAUUACAGUUUCAAAAACUUGCCUCUUUCAGAUGCUACUGUUUUGAGUUUUACUACCCCGAUAUUUGCUGCACUGUUCGGGUACAUCCUUUUAAAAGAGUCAUUACAUUGGAUGGAUGGUCUUGCCGCCAUGUUUUCUCUUGGAGGUGUCAUUUUGACUGCAAGACCGUCUUUCAUAUUUGGAUCAACAACAGGACAAGACAUGGGUGAAGUAUGGAUGCCAGUUUGUGCAAGUCUUGCUGGCGCUAUAGUUGCUGCAUUAGCAUUUAUUUUUGUUCGUAAGCUUGGAAAGUUUGAGGUAAUAGUUAUUGUACUCUAUUUGAACGCUGCUAUGUUUACCACAAGCACCAUUGGAGGACUGAUGGAUGGCAAAUGGAGUCUACCUAUGUGUGAAACCAAUGAAAACUGGUACUUGCUUCUCCUUGGAAUUGCUGCAAUAUUUCUUCAGGUGUUUAUGACAAAAGCCCUUGCACUAGAAAAAGCAGUGAUCGUGACUCUAGUAAGGACGUCAGACAUUCUGUUUGCGUUUAUCUGGCAAAUGUCAUUUUUUUCAGUAAAACCAUCUUGGUAUAGUGUAGGAGGUGGGCUACUUGUAUUCAUGUGCAAUGUUAUUAUCUUUAGCAAAAAAUACAGGCAGUCCAGUUUUGCAUCAAGUAAUAAAUCUGUUAAAACAAAGUAGAUUGACGAGUUAGGGGGUGGUUUUAUGCUUUGCUCUUUUUUAUAUAUUUCUAAUAUUUAAUAAAAUCAAAAGCAAAAUAGUAUAUUCUCAUUUUUAAUAUGUAUCUUAUUGAAAUUUAUGCUUCUUAUAGUUUUUGCAGAAGAGAACUUUCCAAUUCAAUUCAUUAUCAACUACAAGCAAAAGUCUUACAUGCUAUAUAAGAAAUAACGAACUUGGAUGAAACAUCAGUAAGCUAUAAUGUAUUCAUUAAUUGUUUGUCAACUUGUUUUUUUUUCUUCUAUCAAUUAAAAAAAUGUUUUGUAAGUAGAGUUGAGUCUUGUUAAAUAUGUUGUUGACUACUGUCAAGUCUUGCCAACUUCCCUACCAAUAUCAAAAUAAAAAUAUUGAUAUUAAAAAAA